UUUCCCAUUCCCUAGUUCGAAAUGGUUGCGUCAGCAGAGGAUGAGCAGAGCCAUGCCUCUAACUUCCUCCGCCUCCUGUCUGCCCGCCUCCCCGCCGGCGUUACCGGCACCACACUGGUCAUGUGGACCGUGGUGCUGGUACUGGCUGUCCGUCUGUCUGUGUACAUGGCGAACUUCAUAGCGUGGCAGGUGAAGAUCAGGAGGGUCGUGAAGCAGUUUCAUCACGUCGAACGUGAACAUCAUCCGGAUGGUCUAUUGUCUAUGGAUCAUAACGAUCGCUACCGCGUCUUCUGGGUGACUCCCUUCCUUCCCAUUACGUACGGUAUCCAUCCCAGCACCGCCAGGUCAAUCCUGAGCAGUAAAAGUGAGUAUCCACUUACUUCGCAUACGCAAAAGCCCUCCUAUGGGUACGCGUACUUUAGACCAUGGCUUGGAGACGGUCUUCUGCUCAGUGAUGGCCCCAAGUGGCAGAGGAACAGGCGCCUACUGACCCCCGCGUUUCACUUCGACAUCCUGAAGCACUAUGUACAGCUGUUCUAUGAGUCAACUGCUGUGCUUCUGGAUAAGUGGAUGUCACGUGGCCCGGAUGCAUCUGUUGAACUGUUAGACGACAUCGGGUUGAUGACGCUGGACAACAUCCUAAAAUGCAGCCUGGGGUACAACAGCAGGUGCCAGGCUGACGGCAAGUCGGUCCCGUAUAUCCUGGCUGUAAACGACUUGACCAGACUGUUCGCUGAACGUGGAGACCAGCCGCUGCACUAUUUUGACUUCAUCUACUACCUCAGUUCAGACGGACGCCGGUUUCGCAAGGCCUGCAAAGUAGUCCACAGUUUUGCUGAGCAGGUUAUAAAGGCAAGGAAAGAAGAACUGAAGAAGGGAGGCGGUACUCUGCCGAAGCCACGAGGUGGGAAGUGUAUGGAUCUGUUAGACGUCUUGUUACAGGCAAAGAUCCAAGAUGAAGUCAACACUUUCCUGUUCGCUGGUCACCACACCACGGCCAGUGGCAUCAGCUGGACACUCCACCAUUUGCCCAUACACAAGGAUUAUCAGGACAAGUGCAGGAGGGAGCUGGAAGAGCUGCUUCGGGGACGGGCAGAAGUAACAUGGCACGACAUUGGUAAACUACCUUUCAUCACCAUGUGCAUCAAAGAGAGCAUGCGCUGUGUCCCACCCGUUCGUCGACUGGCACGGACCUUGAAGCAGGACCUGAUGUUUUCUGACGGAAAGUCGUUACCAAAGGGGAGCACAACAUUUGUCGAUUUUGGUGACCUUCAUAGGAACAGAGAUGUCUGGCCAAAUCCUAAGGUGUAUGAUCCUUACCGCUUCUCACCUGAGAACUCCGAGAACAGACAUCCCCACGCUUUCCUGCCCUUCUCCGCAGGACCAAGGAACUGCAUCGGGCAAAACUUCGCUAUGAACGAGAUGAAGGUGGCGGUGGCGCUCAUCCUGCAGCGUUUCCAGCUGGAGCUGGACCACACCAAACCUCCAGCCGUUCCCUGUACCAGGGUGACCAAUCAGGCUGAGGACGGGAUCUGGGUGAAAGUUCACCCGCUCAAGACCAAAACGUAAUGUCGCGGACGUACAGGUGUAACGUUACUUUCACUUUUCAUUGAAAGUUUAUUUUGUAAGUUGAAUGCUAAUUUGGUAGAUAUAUCGGAAAAAUAGUAUUGCAUGUGACAAAGACAGUGAUUGGCAUAUUGUAACAUGAUGCUAAUCCAAAGUUAUUGUUAACUAUGUAUGAAUUUAUAUCAUAUAAUAAAGUAUCUAUAUCAUCGGAAGCAUACAUAUGUGAAAAGACAAAAGUCUUGA